AUGUCACAACAUCAAGAUACAUCUGCUUCUAAAAAUACUAAGUCUACUCUAAAAGUUAGUGUUCCUCCCAUGGGCUUCCCUGAUGAUGAGAUUCUGGAUGUUGCUCCUCUCUCUGUCAUUCCCGGCGCGAACAUUGAUUUGAACCAACCCAUCUCUAUUGAUGCCUCCGCUUCUGCAUGUUCCAAUCAAGGUAAUCCCUCUAGUAUUCCGUCUGGUUCAACUCCUAUCACUAAUUCUAAGGAAGGAACACACUAUACUAAUCGUGUUAUAAGAGACCUAGUUACUAGAAUUCUUAGUGAAGGCCACUAUGUGAAUGGAGUUUCUACUCCCCUUGCUCAAAUGUAUCCCUCUCCUGAGGUUGAACAACCUAGUGGUAAGGGUGAUGAUUCCUCCAGUUCUGAAAAGGACUUGGCUGCUGAAGGGUUACGCUCUCUAGGGAAAAUCGUGUCUGAAAAAGGGAAAUUUGUGCCCUCUAACACUGCUAAUGCUUCCCACUCUGAGAAGCAUGAUGAUGCAAAUGUUGUGAUUGAUCUAGAGGAUGGUAGCUCUGAUGAUCAAGAGGAGAGCUUGAUUCAUCACAUAAAGCCAAGUGUGGCUAAACGCAUGAAGACUCGCAAAGGAAAAUCUGUGGCUGAACUUAUGUCAUCUAGAAAAGCUAAGAAGACUGCUGGUAUUGGUCCCUCCAAACCUUGGAGGACGGUUCAAAUAAAUAAGAGGAAGAGAAGGGUAGCCGUGGAAAGGGAAUUGGGAAAAGAUGUUGCUGAUGUCAAGGAGGUCAUGGACCUGAUACAAGCUGUUGGGCUUUUGAAGACUGUUGUUGGGUUCUCUCAAUGCUACGAAGGUUUAGUCAAGGAAUUUAUUGUUAAUAUUCCUGAGGAUAUUUCUGAUAAGAACAGGAAGGAGUUCUGCAAAAUAAAUAAUGAGGGUGCAGGAGAAUUAGAGGUUAUAGACAAUCAGGUCUGUAGGGAGAUUACAACUAAGCAGGUGAAAGAUUGGCUCUUUAAAAAGCAUCUUCCUGCUGGGAAGUUGACUAUCAAGUUUAUUUUUGCUGUUGGGACAAAAGUGAAAUUUGACUAUGGUAGAUUUAUAUUUGAUCAAAUCAUCAAGCAUGCAACUACUAAUGCAGUUAAGCUGCCAAUUACUUUUCCCUCUAUGAUCUAUGGAAUUAUCUUGAAUCAACAUCCUGGUAUUCUGUGCUCAAAUGAUUUACCUAGUAGAAGAAAACCAGCUCUGCCUGUGCACUACAAACUCUUUGAAGGCAGUCAUGUCGAGGAUAUUGUCAUGACAUCUUCCAUGAAGAAGCUAGUCUCAAAAGUUGGAGCAAUUGUUGAGCUUAAGGAGACUCGCAAAGAGCUAGGUGAAGGGAUUAGGGUAGCCACAGCUAGAAAACAAUCUUUGGAAGCCUUUAUUGCAAGCUUGGAGCAGGCUGAGGGUGAAAAUGUUGAACAGGCUAAUGUCAGCCAUGAAGAAGAAGCUGAAGCCCACACCUCUAGUGAGAGGUCUGCUAACAAUGAUGAUGCAAGUGGCAAUUCUGAUUCUGGUGCUACUGAAGAGGCUGCAAACUCAAUUUAUACUGAGUAG